AUGUCAGUCAAUGUGUACUAUAUUUAUUUCAUAUUAAACAUAAUUUUAUUAAUAAUUUCGAUAAAUGGUAAAUCAAUUGGAACUGAACUCUGUGAUGAAGCAUGCAUUGCUCAUCGUUGUAAAUUGAGAUGUAUUGCCAAUUGUGUUACUAUAAAACAACAGCGUGAUAACAGAAAUAACAAUUGUUUGCAAUUAUGUGAUGGACUCUCAAAAUCUUCGAUAAUUCCAGAAGUACCUAGUGAGAUUAGUGCAAUUUAUGAUUCUACCUAUGCAGUUAAUCUCACAUGGAAAGCUCAAGCUGAAGCCAUCUAUCUCUUACAGUUUUCAUUAAACAGCUCAUUCGAUAAAGACAAUGAAAUUAUUGCUGAUUCGAAUUCUUUAUUAAAUUAUACAAGAGAUUUCUCCGAUUUUUGCCACCAUAUUAUGGUACGUAUAGCGGCAAUAACUACAAAUGGAAUCAGCAAUUUUUCAGCGAUUUAUCACAUUGCUCCACCGCAACCACAUGUUGAUGAUAUUUUAACCGUUCAUUUGCUCGAAUAUGUUAAUCAAACAUAUAAUUUAAGUGAUUAUACUUUCAAUGGAUCUGUUCGUUUAGUAUUCGAAUAUACGGGAGCAGAUUGGCCCUUGGGCGACGAUGAUUUGUUUGUUGAACCUCUAUUUCAUAUGACAGGAUGUAAAGAAAUUGACUUGGCAAUAGCGAUGCCUAGUCCAAUAUUUAAAAAAGGAAGUUCCCCUCGGACAACGGAAGCCAUGUUAAGUGCUGAUAUGAUGUACAAAAAGUGUGAAUUCCUUUACUAUGCUGAAAGUAUACAAAGUAAAAAGUGUGGUACGAUAACGAGAAGUAGUGAUGCGAAUAUGCAGACAAUGCGCAAGUUGAAGAUUGAUUGUACGACUGUACUUCAUAGUCCAUGCGAUCAACCAAAAAGGCACCAACCACCAUUAUGUGGCCAAGUUGAAGCAUUCUCGUACACUGUGUUAAAUAAAAAUAUCAACGCGGACGAUCCUUCUACAAUUAUUACUAUCAAUAUAACAUUCCGUUCAAUAAUAAAUAACCAAAAAAUCCCAUUAUACUUUAUAGCAUUCUAUGGUGAUGCACAGAAUUUUGAACGAGAAGCAGAUGUGGAAUUGCUUGGAGUUGAUAUGUACGAUGUUUUGGGAAAUACUACUAAUUGCCCGAAAUUUUUAUAUAAUGGCAGUUGUGCGGAAAAAAUAAAUCCUAUCAAUGGAAGUUUCAUAGUUAGUGAUUUACAAAUGGAUAAACUUUAUGGUAUAACGAUUUGUGCUGUUAUGGAUCCUAAAAAUCUAACUUUCCCGACUUUCCGAAAUACUUCACUCAAUAUGAAGUCUAAGGCUCAUAAAAUAUUUAUACGCUCUUCAGAUUAUCGAAAAUCAAAGACACCAAUGAUUAUCAGUACCGUUGCAGUAAUUAUCGCUGCAAUAUUCCUUCUCCUGAUAACAAUAUUCGCUAAUAUCCAUCGGAAGCAACAAGAAAAGAUGAAAUUAAAUAAAUUCAAGCUUGAGCAAUUAAAGAUGGAAAAUGAACAAAGAUAUACCAACCUUCCGAAAAGGCAAGAUAUAUGGGAACUGGAAAGGCGAAAUUUAAUUAUCUACGACGAAAAAAAGUUGGGUUCCGGUGCAUUCGGUUCCGUUUAUAUGGGUAAACUUAUUGGAAUAGCCAAAGCAUAUAAAAAUGCGCAGUCAACUCUUGGUGUUAACCUAAUGCGAGCUGAAAAUUGCGAUGUUGCUGUUAAAAUGCUUCCAGAAUACGCUGAUCAAACAUCAAAAACUGAGUUUUUGAACGAAAUCGCCUUGAUGAAAUCUCUCGGCUAUCAUGAGCGACUCGUUAAUAUGCUAGCAUGCAUAACAGAAACAGAGCCGUAUUGUCUAAUCGUUGAAUACUGCUCGGAUGGCGAUCUUUUGCAUUUCUUGCGAUCACGUUGCAAAUAUAUGUUUAAGCUAAAAGAGAUGAAUAUCGAUUAUGAAAGUGGUGACGACAAUGAAAAUGUUGAUCGAGAUAUGAUUAUUACACUAAAACAACUUCUUAUGUUUGCAGUGCAAAUAAGUUAUGGCCUGGAAUAUCUCAGCCAGAAAGGAUUCGUUCAUCGCGAUGUAGCUGCUCGAAAUGUCCUCGUUCACGAUAAGAUUAAUGCUAAAAUUGGUGACUUUGGUCUUUGUCGAUAUAUUUAUGCAAAAACCGCUAAUUACAAAGGAAAAGGUGGUCGGCUACCAGUGAAAUGGAUGAGUCCUGAAGCCAUAAAAUUCUAUGAAUUUACAACAAAGUCUGACGUAUGGUCUUUUGGCAUCCUUAUGUUUGAAAUUAUAACUCUUGGUGGAGCGCCUUAUCCAGGAAUUCAGCCGGACGAUAUGGUUGAAUAUUUGAAUGCCGGUGGAAGAAUGGAACAACCGGAUAAUUGCCCAGAUAAUUAG